AUGGCCGCUGCGCUCGCGAGCUCGCCGCUUGUUCACCUAACCGCCUCCCGCCUCCGCCUCCCCAGGCCCCGGGCCUCCGCUUCGAGCUCCGCUCCAGGCUGUUGGAGUGGCGUGUGCCUGGGAUGGAGGCUGACGGUCGGGUUGAGGGCCGUGAGGCGGUGUGACCGGCUUCGAUGCUUCUCCACCGACGGGGGCAGCGAGGAGGAGGGGGAGAAGCAUGGCGAGGAGGAAGCCUCGGCGGCGGCGGCGGCGGCCCCGGCCCCGGCUGAGACACAGGUAGGCGCCGCGGAGGAGCUGGCAUCCGAGCGGAGCCGGUCGGGGAGCUUUUCGUCCUCAUCCUCGUCGUCCGGGACUCCUGGUGUAUCAAGCGAGCCACCACUGCUGAGUUUUAGUGUUGAUAAUAUCGAUACAGUUAAACUGUUGGAACUUCUAGGCCCGGAAAAGGUUGAUCCAGUUGAUGUCAAGGCAAUUAAGGAAAAACUCUUUGGCUAUACGACAUUCUGGUUGACAAAAGAAGAACCCUUUGGUGAUCUCGGUGAAGGAGUUCUUUUCAUUGGGAAUCUCCGUGGGAAGAGGGAGGAAAUCUUUGCAAAACUUCAACGGCAACUGCGUGAACUUACUGGUGACAAAUACAAUCUUUUUAUGGUGGAGGAACCUAAUUCAGAAGGGGAUGACCCACGUGGGGGGCCACGUGUUAGUUUUGGUUUGCUUAGGAAGGAAGUUUCUGAGCCUGGACCUACUACCCUGUGGCAGUAUGUCAUUUCUCUGUUACUUUUCCUUCUCACUAUGUUCUCCUGCGUUGAGCUAGGAAUUGCAUCAAAGAUUAGCAGUCUUCCACCAGAAAUUGUUUCAUAUUUCACUGAUCCAAAUGCUACCGGACCCCCUCCUGAUAUGCAACUUCUGCUCCCAUUUGUGGAAUCGGCUUUGCCAGUGGCUUAUGGUGUCUUGGCUAUCCAACUAUUCCAUGAAAUUGGACACUUUUUGGCAGCAUUCCCAAAAAAUGUGAAACUAGGCAUUCCUUUCUUCAUUCCGAACUUCACCCUUGGAACUUUUGGUGCAAUUACUCAGUUCAAGUCCAUUCUUCCGGAUCGAAAGACAAUGUUUGACAUAUCAAUGGCGGGUCCUGUGGCUGGAGCUGCACUUUCCUUUUCAAUGUUCUUUGUAGGCUUAUUACUCUCUUCAAAUCCUGUUGGGGCAAGUGAUUUAGUGGAAGUACCUAGCCAACUGUUCCAGGGUUCAUUGUUGCUUGGACUUAUUAGUAGAGCUACACUUGGAUACAGUGCUAUGCAUGCUGCUACAGUUUCGAUCCACCCUCUUGUGAUUGCAGGCUGGUGUGGUUUAACUACUACUGCAUUUAAUAUGCUUCCUGUUGGAUGUCUUGAUGGUGGAAGAGCAUUACAGGGUGCUUUUGGCAAGGAAGCUUUGUUUGGAUUUGGCCUAACAACGUACUCAUUGCUUGGACUAGGAGUGCUUGGAGGACCACUAUCUCUUCCUUGGGGUUUGUACGUGCUAAUAUGUCAGAGAACACCAGAGAAACCAUGCUUGAACGACCUACAGGGUGCGGCCACCGGAGCUCCUCCUCCCGGCGUCGCGGACAUGCCCCCUUCGGCCGGCCUUCAACCCGCCCCAGUCAACUGGCAGGGAGCCGCGGCCGGUGUCGACCCCGCCAUGGCCGGCGCUCAGGCAGGCGCGGGCGGCCUCCAGACCGCCAUGGACGGCGCCCACCAGCAUGCCUUGGCUGCCCAACAAGCCUUCCUGGCCAGCAGGCAGCCAUGGGCGCUGGGGGUGUGGCCACUGGUCAAGCAGGCAGUAGUUCGUCGCAGCAGCAACCGAGGACACGCGCUCCGUCGACCAACAAGAGGGCAAAAGAAGAUGAGUGCUGGGGAAAUCUUGAUUUGGGUGAUCAAAUACUUGUGGGAAAUUAAUGUCAGGGUGAUGCUAUGGAUUGGACUGAUGGUUAUACCGCAAUUGUUUGAAAUUAGUGGUGUUGACAAGUUCAAGAAGAAGCCUAUCCAAAAUGAAGACGACUUGAAGGUGAUGUUUGGAAACAUUGUUAAUGAGGAGCAAGAUCAUUGGAAUCCUAUGAGUUCCAACCCCAUCAUACCCCUUGAUGAUGACACUCCAACUGAUGGUGUAGAGGCUGAGCACCCCACUGAGCAUCACACUGUUGAUGGUGACAACAACUCUUUUGAAAAUGGAGAUGAUGUUCAGGAGGUCACUCCUGUCACAGACAAUGGUGGGAUCACCAUUGAGCAAGUUAUGGAACAUGUUGUGGCAUGUGGGGCUGCAUAUAAGACCGAUGAGCAUUUUGUGGCAACUGAGUUGUUUGUGAAGAAAGAGCAAAGAGAAAUGUUCAUGACCCUCCCCAUCGAUGAAAGGCUCUAUUGGCUUAGGAGGAAGUACAAUGUGAUGUAUGGAAGAAAUUGA